AUGAGGAACAGGAACCGAGCCGGGAAGCGGCACUUUGGGCACACUCACAUGGGGAUGCCCCAGCAGCUGGAGCUGCAUCAGGGCACGCUGGUGCCUACAGAUGGAGAAAGAGGUGGAAGGCACAAAGAUGGGGGACAGGCUGCGGUGUGGGAGCUCUGCUUGGUGGCAGAUGCUGGGUUGUCUUUUAUACCCAUGGCUGCCUUCUGUUUUUCCAACAGAGGUUUUGUGUUGGCAAGUCUUAUUUUCCUCCAGCAGGUGUGUUCAUUACCAAAGCUCUUCAAGAUUCUACCAAAUGAUAUUAUUAAGGACAAAAGGAGUACAGCGCUGAUAAGACUCCAGCAUGCACAGGAUGACUGUGAUGCUGGGUCCUGCCACCCGGCCAUUGGGGAUCUCCUCCUGGGUCGCAGCAAGCAAUUAACGGCCUCAUCAACCUGUGGAAUGAAUGGCCCUCAGAAGUACUGCAUUAUAGGCUACCUAGAGGCUGAACAGAAGUGCUUUCUCUGUGAUUCCAGAUACCCGUAUAAUCCCUAUAUGCAGCACAACAGUCACAUGGUUGAAAAUGUUAUCACAACUUUUGAGCCCGAUAGGAAAAAAAAGUGGUGGCAGUCUGAAAAUGGUGUCGACCAUGUCAGCAUUAGAUUGGACCUAGAAACUUUAUUCCAGUUCAGCCAUCUUAUCCUGACUUUUAAGACAUUUCGGCCUGCAGCAAUGCUGGUUGAGCGCUCCACCGACUUUGGUCAGACCUGGAAAGCAUUUAGAUAUUUUGCACAGAACUGUGCAGCUUCUUUUCCCAACAUCUCUUCUGGUCCGGCAAAAAGUGUGGCAGACGUCAUUUGUGAUUCAAGAUAUUCAGACAUCGAGCCCUCCACUGAAGGCGAGGUUGUUUUAAAAGCUUUGGAUCCCACCUUUGAAAUAGAAAAUCCAUAUGUGCCAUAUAUCCAAGAGCUCAUUACGUUGACAAACCUAAGGAUCAAUUUUACUAAACUCCACACCCUUGGGGAUGCUCUCCUUGGAAGAAGGCACAGUGAUCCCCUCGAGAAGUACUACUAUGCUGUCUAUGAGAUGGUUGUGCGGGGCAGCUGCUUUUGCAAUGGCCACGCCAGCCAGUGUGAUCCCGUGCAGAAUCUGCGGGGAGAUGUUUUCCAUCAGUCUGGGAUGGUCCACGGGAGAUGUAUCUGCCAGCAUAACACAGAAGGUUUGUCCUGUGAAAGAUGUAAAGAUUUCUACAAUGAUGCUCCAUGGAGGCCAGCUGAAGGGGCACAAGAUAAUGCUUGCAAACGGUGUAACUGCAACGGCCACUCUGGCAGAUGCCACUUUGACAUGGCCGUGUACCAGGCCAGUGGUGGGGUCAGCGGUGGUGUUUGUGAGGACUGUCAGGACAACACCAUGGGGCAACACUGCGACCAGUGCAAACGUUUCUUUUACCAGGAUCCACUCAAAGUCAUUUCGGACCCUCACGCAUGCCUCCCCUGCAACUGUGACCCAGAAGGUACGUUGCACAACGGCAUGUGCGAAAGCCGCACAGAUCCUGCACUGGGAACGGUCGCAGGCCAGUGCCCUUGCAAGGAGAACGUGGAGGGUGUCCGCUGUGACAAGUGCAGGGCGAACUACUACGGGCUGAGCGGCAGUGACCCUCUGGGGUGCCAGCCCUGCAACUGUGAUCCCUCCGGCAGUUUGCCUUUCUCCAUCUGUGAUCCUGCCACCGGAGAGUGCCUCUGCCAGCGGUUCGCCACAGGGCGACGCUGUGAAAAAUGCGUCGUAGGAUACUGGGGUCUUGGCAGCAGCUUGUACGGCUGUUCUCCAUGUGACUGUGAUAUUGGUGGAUCCCAGAAUAACUCGUGCUCACCGGAGGAUGGGCAGUGCAAGUGCCUUCCCAACAUCGUGAGCCGCCAGUGUAAUGAGCCAGCCCCAGGCUACUUCUUUUUACCCCUGGAUUAUUAUAUUUAUGAAGCUGAGCAUGCAAAGCCCCUUUCUGGCUCUGCACCCUUGGGUGCAGUGCAGUUUGGACAGGACUCAGCUGUGUCGGUGGUUUUCAGGCAGCCCAGCGCCGGCCGGUCUGUCACAUGGACGGGACCUGGCUUCGCCCGCGUUCCCAGCGGAGCUGGGCUGAGAUUUGCCAUCAACAACGUUCCCUUUGCUAUGGACUUUGAUAUCACGAUUCGUUAUGAGCCUGAGUCCUUGGAAGACUGGCUAGCAAGUGUUGCCAUCCAGCCUGCUGGUAUUUUGUCAAGUCAACGCUGCAAAAACAAGGGCCUUUCACAGGAGCCACAUGCGUUGCCUCUCCCAGCUACAAAGAGGAUUGCACUUCUGCAAACUCCAAUCUGCCUGGAGCCGGGAACAGAAUAUUCUGUGGAUGUGUAUUUUUCUCAGCCCUCUGCCUCUGACCCAAAGGUGAAAUCGUUCAUCUUAAUUGACUCACUUGGACUUAUUCCCAGAAUCGGCUCCGUGGAGAACUUAUGCAGUGAAAAGGAUUUAGAUGAGUACCAGAAGUAUCACUGUAUUGAAAUUGCAUCAGAAGUUGGACCUCACGUCCUGCCCGAAGCGUGCGCACAGCUCAUAGUGAGCAUGUCAGCCCGUAUUCACAACGGCGCCGUCGCAUGUAAGUGCAAUCCCCAAGGGUCGCUGAACACCAGCUGCAGUAAACUGGGGGGCCAGUGUCAGUGCAAAGCCAACGUCGUGGGACGCUGCUGUGACACCUGCUCUGCGGGCAGCUACGGCUUCGGCUUCCACGGCUGCUAUGCAUGCGAGUGCCACCCGCAAGGCUCGCUGAGCACGCUGUGCGACCAGGUGACGGGGCAGUGCUCCUGCCGCCGGGAGGUGGAUGGUCAGCGCUGCAGCCAAUGUCUGGCUGGGUAUUUUGGAUUUCCCCACUGCCGUCCUUGCCCGUGUAACGGUUACGCGGAGCUUUGCGACCCGGUGACCGGAGUGUGCCUGAACUGCCGCAGGUUUACAGCCGGAAGCCACUGUGAAAGGUGCAUGGAUGGCUAUUACGGAAACCCUCUGAACGGAGAACCCUGCCGCCCAUGCAUGUGCCCAGGGGCACCUACAAGCAAUAGGUAUUUUGCACGUUCCUGUUACCAGGACUCCCAGUCUGCACAACUAGUCUGCAAUUGCCUCGGGGGAUAUUCAG